ACUGCCUAAAUUAAUAUAAACAUAUAAACAAAGGUGAGAAGCCACUAGUGGAAAUCUUAUGUUGUAGAGCAAAGCUGGAAGUUGUGGCUAAAGGGGGUGGAUACUGUGUAUGCAUGCAUAUGGUUGGACAGACUGAAGGCAUGUAGAAUCAAUGCUGUGGUCUAAUGAUUGACAGCUGGAGUGGAGCAAGCCCAUAUAUGAGCGUGUAUACCUCUUUGCUCCAGGCUGUGAGGACUCCUCUGCUGAACGGGUUGUGUCCAGAGGUGCCAGUGUCAUGCUCCCACUGUUUCUGCUGUUGCUAAGUCUGCAGUGCCUUAGCCAGCCUGCACGAGCAUCAGAGGUACGUAGAAAGUUGUUGACUUUGGUUUCUGAUGAAACUGUGAGUGCUCUUAACUUCUUCGAUGAUGACACUGAGGAAACGUCUGCUGGUGAUAUUGACAGUACCGUUGACUGGCUAUUUGACCUCUUUGAUGUGUCAGACAAGUGUGACCCAAAUCCCUGCGAGCACAAUGGCAUGUGUGUGACUGGUGCUGCUGGCACUGUCAAAUGUUCCUGCCCUCGGCCCUUCAGGGGCAAAAAGUGUCAAGACGUCGAGAAAGUGUGUAAGAAUGUCAAGUGUGGCCGUGGGGAGUGUGUCCGCAUUAUGACAGAGCCGUUCUAUGAGUGCAAAUGCAAAGCCCCCUACCGGCCGCCCAGCUGCAGGACGCCCUCUGCCUGCGCCCCAAGCCCCUGUUUGAACGGCGGGACAUGUGUAAAGGGCCGCUUGAGAUCCCAGUUCACCUGUGUGUGUCCCGAAAACUACAGCGGGAAGUUCUGCCAGAUUGGGCCUGAUGACUGUUAUGAGGGGGAUGGUGAGUCAUACAGGGGGUUCGUAAGUGAAACAGUCGACGGUCUGGAAUGCUUACCAUGGAAUUCUCACCUCAUACCAUACACUGAUUUUGAAGAAGAAGAAGAUGGCAUCGGACCCCAUAAUUACUGCAGAAACCCAGAUGGGGAGAGUCAGCCCUGGUGCUUCAUUAGAAAUGAAGGCGAGCUGCAAUGGGACGACUGUAAUGUGGCCCGCUGCCCUGAGCCAGAGAACUAUACUGAACCAACCAGCGAUGCCCUUCUAAAGGACUUCUCUGUGUGUGGGAUACCACAGCCUAGCAGGGCUUUGGGUAAGAUCUUUGGAGGGAGGAAGGCCAAGCCUGGAGCCCAUCCCUGGCAGGCCUCUCUGCAGAUACGCCCUAAAGGCACCACUGACCCGUUCAGGCACAACUGUGGGGGAAUCCUCAUUGACUCCUGCUGGGUCCUUACUGCUGCUCACUGUAUUGACAACGAGAAUGAGCUACAGGUGUCUCUUGGUGGCGUGGACCUGAAGAAGGAUGAGGCAGCAGACCAAACUGUCGGGGUGGAGCAGUACUUUGUCCAUGAGAACUACACGGAGACUGAUGAAGCCCUGUACAAUGACAUAGCCCUCCUCAAACUGAAGGCUGUGGACGGGGUAUGUGCCAAGGAGACCAGGUUCGUCAAGACCGCCUGCCUGCCCGAAGACACAUUACCUGAUGGGAUGGAGUGUAGCAUAUCAGGCUACGGGACCACUGAGCACAGUAUAAAAGGAUCCACACAGCUGCUAGAUGCAAAGGUGUUGCUUAUCUCCCAGGAGCGCUGUAUGGCGCCCCAUGUCUACGGGGAAUUUCUGGACGAGAGCAUGUUAUGCGCGGGAUACAUGCAAGGAGGCGUGGACUCCUGCUCGGGAGACUCUGGGGGCCCACUCGUCUGUAAUCGGAAUGAAACAUAUUACGUGUACGGAGUGGUAAGCUGGGGUGACGGAUGUGGCAAGAAGAACAAACCUGGCAUUUAUGCCCGUGUCACCCUUUUCCUUGAUUGGAUCAAAGAAAAGAUGCACUCUACAUAGAGAUUGUAUGAAAGUCAGUGACAAUAGUUCACCACAAAAAAAGUGACACAUGAGGGCACUGUAGAGCUUUGACAAAAACCUUUAUUUUUGGAUCUCAUGGUCAUAUGGCAUACAUCAAACAUGUACCCAUGAUUGAACUCAUAGCUGUUUUCAUUUGGCAUACUGUUUGAAGCUGAACCCGUCAAGCACACAGUGUAUCAAAUAUCUCUUAAAAAUAACUCUUCUGCAGUCGGCAGUCUGACAACAUGGCUGUUCACCUGUGAAUAUACAAACUAGUCAAGUUUGACUUUCAAUGCAAAA